AUGGAUGAUGUGAAGGAAAAAAGUGCUGGAGAGCAUGAACAUCUCGCUGAAUACAUUUUUUUUCUUGUGUCUUUGGACGGAUGCAUGCUGAUUGCCAAUAGAUAUGAAUGUGUAUGUAGUGUUGGUGCUAUGGCCGGCAAGACGGAUAAUCGAGGAAGUUCAUUGACUGGCUGUUCGUUCGUUUAUAUUGCUGCUUUUGAUGUCGCUGCUCUGCUAAAGAGACGACGUGCAGUUCGCCGAUAUUCGCCAACUGCGGUUAAUCAUUUCCAAUGCUUCAUCGAGCGGAGACGCUUGUCAUCAGUCCUGAACACGUUAUUUGGCAAUUUGAUUUCUUCUGAUGGAUCCAAAUCAAUUAUUCGAACUUUAGCCAACUUCUUGCCACCAGCACCACGUUUUAUUCAAAAUCAACAACGUGUCGGACCAUUGAUGUAA